AUGCCUACCGACGAUUACAGCUACCUGCCUGAUGCGUUACCUCCUCUUCCUGAAGUCCCGGACUCCGGCUCAGUCCUGAGCUCCGUUGACGUCCCAGCGCGCUGUCUCCGCAGCCGGGCCUUCCACCGCACGUCCUCCCGCUACUGCUCGGCCAUCAGCAUGGACUCGUCCCCGGACGCCGCCGAAAGGCCCAUCAGCUACAGCUCCACCUCCUCUUCCGCCUCCUCCCGGGACAGCCACUGCUCGCUGGGCAGCCGCUCCACUCUGGUCGCUUCCCCCCACUGCAACGCCGUCGCCUCAGACCGCGACUCCGGGGCCAUUCGGCUGGAGCUGGUUCCAGCCAGGCAGCUGGGAUGCGGGGAGGGAGACGGCAGAAGCGUCGGCGAGGGCAGGCAGGGCGGCAGGCAGGCGGCCACAGAACAUUCCGAGCCCGAGCUGAGCCCGGACGGACCAGAGAGGACCAGCCAGGUCCAGGGACCCAGGACAUACGUGGACCGGGUGGUGCAGGAGAUACUGGACACCGAGAGAACCUACGUUCAGGAUCUGCGCAGCAUUGUAGAGGAUUACUUGGACUGCAUAAGCAACCAGUCUCGACUGUCCUUGAGCUCUGAGGAUAAAGACUCGCUAUUCGGAAACAUCCGGGACAUCUACAUCUUUAACAGGAACCUUCUUUACGAUCUUGAGAAGUGCAAUUCAGAUCCAGUGGCCAUUGCAGAGUGCUUCGUAUCCAAGAGUGAAGAGUUUCAUAUUUAUACCCAGUACUGCACCAACUACCCACGGUCAGUGGCUGUGCUCACAGAAUGCAUGAGGAACAAGGCGUUGGCCAAGUUUUUCCGCGAGCGCCAGGAAUCUCUGAGGCACUCCCUGCCCCUGGGCUCCUACCUGCUCAAGCCAGUGCAGCGUGUCCUCAAGUACCACCUCCUGUUACAUGAGAUAGCCAACCACAUGGAGAAGGACACAGAGACUUAUGAAGUUGUCCAGGAAGCCAUAGACACCAUGCAGAGAGUGGCCUGGCACAUAAACGACAUGAAGAGGAAACACGAGCAUGCUGUUAGGCUGCAGGAAAUCCAGAGCCUCCUGACCAACUGGAAGGGCCCUGAUCUGAUAGGCUAUGGAGAGCUGGUCCUUGAAGGAACGUUUCGCCUGCAGCGUGCCAAAAACGAAAGAACCCUUUUCUUGUUUGACAAGCUCCUGCUAGUUACCAAGAAACGAGAAGAAGCCUAUACGUACAAGGCCCACAUCCUGUGCUGCAACCUGAUGCUGGUGGAAGUGAUUCCUAAAGAACCUCUGAGUUUCAGUGUGUUUCACUACAAGAAUCCCAAACUCCAGCACACUGUCCAGGCCAAAUCGCAGCAAGACAAGCGCAUGUGGAUUUUACACCUCAAAAGACUCAUACUUGAAAACCAUCCUGCAAAGAUUCCUGCCAAGGCCAAACAAGCCAUUUUGGAAAUGGAUGCAAUACAUCAUCCAGGGUUUCAUUACAGUCCCGAUGGUGACAAGAAAGACUCCCCUCAAACCAAGGAAGGUCCCACUCCUCGCAGAGGACGUAGAAAAGAACCCCUCAGCAAAUUACUGAAGAACGCGAAGCAGAAUGCGGCCAACUCUGAUGGUGAAAAACGAACUAGUCUGGGUGCCAGCCUGCUCUCUCCUGUGUCCCAGCUGGCUCUGGGCACGAUAGGUCGCAGCCGCAGUCUUAUCAACCAAUCACAGGAGUCCCUGGAUCCCGGAGAUCACUAUGACCACAGUGACAGGGAGGAAGGAGAAGAGCCACAUCAGCAGGACGCUGAUGAUGAGGACGACAGUCUGGGAAGUGGAAAGAGGCUGCGUGUUCCUGGCAAAAGCAGCAGAAAGAAGCUGAAUCCUCAAGCGUCUGUUGACAGCAUAGAGCAGUGGAAAACUUUCAACAUGAGUCCCUCAGACCUUCAGAGAGCCAGAGAAUCCUUAGUAAGGGAGGGGAGUCACCAUCCGCCACUCCUCAGAACACCUCGUGUGAUGGAGGAACCUCCAGACUCCCCCAUUCCCGCUGUAAUAGUAACAGAAAGUGACCACUCAGUUCGCAAUAUCUGGGCAGACCACCGUGCUCGCAGAGCCAUGUUCCCCACCCGCCAGAGAACGAUGCAGCCGGAUGACGAGGAAGAGGACAUCUACCAGAUGUUUGUUCCCACGGAGCAAAGUGCACCAGAGCCAGAGGUGGCCUCAGAGAGGGCGGAUACCACCCUAUCGCCCAGGACGGCUCGACCCUGCAGCUGGCACGUUGAACAGGUGCCUACGGUGCAGGUUGAGCCUCCACCUGAUGGUGGCAGAGUCCUGCGGAGGGCUAGCAGUGCAGGAGAGAAGGCUACGGAGGCUCCGGAGAGCCCUGAAGAUGACAAGGCUGGUCACAGCAAUUUGGAAGUGAUUCACACUGAAUCGUCCAGCAAUGACAUCUCUGGUUCCUCUUCGUCAGAGCAGCUGACGUUAGAUGACAUUGAAAAUGUAUACGAUAAUAUCAGCUACGAGGAUCUGAGGAACAUGGGUUUCAUCAGAAAGGGCCCAGAUGAAAGCCAGAUGACACAGAAAGAGACUCCUACAAAUGCACAGGUCUCUCAGAACCAGGCAGGAACAGCACAAAGCAAACCGUCAGUCACUGAGCCAUUGAUCGAACCAGAUGGUUCAUCCGAAAGCAACCGGUCUUCCACGCAGGAGGUGAAGCCUUAUGGGACAUGUGAGCUCAAAAUAGUGGAAGAGAAUAUCUAUGACACCAUCUGUUUUAGGGAGCAGCCAUCAAAAGAGCCCCUGGGAUCGAAUGAAGGAACAAAACUGAAAGAGGUGAGGGACACUCUGCUGGCCUCAGAGCAAGACCUGACGCAACAUAUUGGAGGGUUUGUGUCAGAGUUGAACCUCCACGUCAGGGAAAGUGACGAGCCAGAGGUCUCCUUUUCUGUCCAGUGUUCCUCUGAGCCCGAUCGUUCUUCUUUCUCCGGCAUGGAAACCUCUUCUCAGCACUCACAGAAAGGGGACAAGAUGUCUGUGAAGGUAGAUGAGAUCUGGGACGAUUUAGAAAACUACAUCAAGAACAAUGAGAAAAAAGCAGAUCGGCUUCCUGCUGCGUUCCCUGUGAGCACCAGCGAAUCGCCAAAGAAGGUCCCGGCUGUCAAGAACAGCCCUACAAAGAGUCCUCCUGUUGUCAGUCCUCAGGUCACCAGCUCCCCGACCAUGAAUCCCCCAACAAAUCAGUCUAAGCCUCCACCUAUCACCUCCACAGCAUCAUUCACCAUCCCAGUUAUCAGCCUGCCUGACCUUCAGAGUGAAGGCACCACUGAAGAAGAAAGCACCAAUCCUGCAUCACGCCCCGUCCCUGAGCCGCUGCCGGGCACAGUGAAGAACAUCAGGAACAGACUGGCUCGUCUCAGCAGCGGUAGCUUCCGCCUAGAAGAUGAUGACCUAGUGGAGCUUCCACAGCGAAACCCCUCUCAGAGAGACCUCCACAGCUUGUUUCCAGGGGAGCUAGCAGGUCUGGACUCCCCCCUGGCAUCAUCUUCUCUGUUGCUGGGUGAAUCUGUGGACCUUGAGCUGAUGGACAAAACAAAGAGCCGUGUUUUCCUGAUGGCACGACAGUACAGUCAGAAGAUAAAGAAAGCUAACCAGCUGCUGCGCAUGAGAAGCAUGGACCCUGGAGACCCCUGUAGUCGGGCCAGAAACGAGAAAAAGCAGAAAGACCUGGCUGCCAUCUUAGAGGAGAAGAAGCAAGGAGGAGCAGCUAUAGGUGCGAGAAUAGCUGAAUACUCCCAGCUCUACGACCAGGUGAUGUUUAGGGAUUCUCCUGGUCCUGCCGGUCAGUUCUCUCCUACUCCACAUCACAGCCACCCAGGGCUACCAUAUUCUCCAUCCAUGCCUGAGACCUCGCUGGAAGAGGACUGGCUCCAUUCCACCUACAGCAAUGGGGAGCUGGCGAACUUCAUGUCCUCCUCCUGCGAGGGUAUGGAUUCUCAAAGCACUUCCAACCCACUGCGCAAGCUCACCACAGCUUGCUCCAGCCCGUCUCUUAAGACCAUCUCUUCCUCCCCUGCGGCGGCAACAUCACAAAGGUGGAGCUCAUGCAUUUCUGCACCAAGUGAGAAAGAAGAGCAUGUGUACAGUUCCAUUAAGAGACUUCCUUCCCUAAACACACCCUCUUCGCCCACAAAGUCUUCCCUAUCCAGCCAGCCGAAUGACAACUCUCACCAAUCUGGUUUCAAAUGUAAUGGACCCACUGAGGAUCAACCCACAGACAGACUUCCUGGUCUCAGUCUGGGACAGGUCGGCCGGCAAAGAAGCCUCCCAGAGCGGUCUACCCCGGGACACUCAGACCUCACCCUACAGGAUGGUCAACAGGUGGUGGUCCUGAAUCGCGCUUCUGCUCUGAGCAUCCUCACCGCCACUCAGAACUACCUGGCAAACUUUAAGGACAACGGCGAAGACGAUGAUGACUACGUAGAGAUCCGCUCGGAGGACGAGAGUGAGACGGAGCGGGACAGGUUGGUGCAGGGAAGCGGCAGUCAGGCGGUCAUUUCCUCUAAGAACCGAGGCCUCGUUCAUUCGCAGAGUCUUCCGUGCACUCCGGUCCACUCCUGCAACCAGCUAAGGCCUCUGGACCGGGAGCAACUGGAAAAGUACCUGUGGAGUGAGCCGCCACAGAACCAACCCAAAAUCGUCCAGUCUCUGAGGGAGAAGUUUCAUUGUCUGAGCUCCAGCAGCUUCGCAUGAGGCUGCAAAACGACAAAAAGCCAAAUGCGCCGAUAACAUGCAUCAAGAAAAAGGGGGCACUGCUGCUUUGCCUCGAAAGCUCUAAAUUUCCAUCACAAGAGAGUAAAUAGAUAUUCUACAAGUUUAGCACAUGUAUCUAAGCUGUUCUUUGCUAGUGAUGUUUUUGGUGACAAAACUUGAUGUUACGAGGCUUCAGAGAAAGCACUAAACGUUAGCGUCAAUGGUCAAAAUACCACAUAAAAAGCUCCACGUGGUUUCGUUAGCACUUCCAGGGAAUUGAAGGGAGAGUGUGCAAAAUUUUGUCAGAGUAAACUUGGUGUUUCAGUGUGACUGAAUGGAUUUUAAUAUUCAAGUAUUUUUAAAACCUCAACUUGCUUUAAGUGUAAGCCUUGUGGAGUAAAUUAAAUCAAUAUGAGCUGUUUCUGUUGUACAGAUCCAGUAGUUCACAUAUCUGUCACUGACUGAGCUACAGUGUUUCCUGCUUUCGGCAUCAUGCCUACAAGCGCCCUGCAUCUUGCGCCUUCGGCAGACUUGAAACUCUGUAUCGGUAGUAGCUCUCUAGUCAAGAAGUUUUGUUCUUACGGUUAUUUUAACUGCAUCUUCAUCUCUAGUUAAUCUUAACCUGGAUAGAAGAGCUAACCACAGUCACGGCAUGUGUUUUAUUAGUGCUUACACUAUUGAACAGAUUUGAUCCAGCAGCUUUACAAAUUUAAAGUUCAAGAUCUGCAACCUUCUGAUGUGCUGCUCAGGCUUAUUUGUCACUUUUAGGAGCUUUUAACAAACAACUAUACAAAAUAUAUUUGGGCUAUUACAAGAUCCUAUAGGUUAAAUAUAGGCAUAGACUUUUUAGUCUAUUUGAAGUUAAUGUGUCACUCGUCCAUCACCUGUCACCAGUAGGGUGUCAUGCUUUAAAGACUGAGACAAAACGCUGAUAUUUUUAGAUACGUUUGUAAGAAGUAAUAGGAAUCCUUAUUUAUUUUGAAUCCGUCAGCAAAAGUCUGAAAUGUUUUUACGUGGUGUUGUCGAUGGGCAGAACAUUCGUCUCAACAAGCAGAUGACACUUUUUUUUCCUUUUUUUGAAAUAAAUGAUUCUCAUUUCACAAUUUGUUUUUAAGAGGGACCAUUACAUGAAGCAUCAAGGGGAGUUACUUAAUAUACCACAGUUCCGUAUUUGAUGUCCUUUUUUUUUUCUUCUUUACUGAACUUGUUUACGUCUUUGGACGCUGUCACACUACUGAUUUCACAUCCUCACUUACACAAUGAGUCACAUUGAUAAUGUCAAAACUUUAUCUGGGUUCACAUUAGUUUGCUUUCCCUCAAAGAAAGUCAGUAUUUACCCUUCACAGAAUUACUUUAUAAAACAAAAAAGUAAAUCACUGCACAUGGGCUAUUUAUUUGGAAGCAACUCUAUCUUACAGCCUUGUCACUCUCACUACGAGCCACGAAGUGAUUGUAAAUGAAAGUAAGACAUUUAUUAAAAGGUGGCUGUGGAAUUAUUUUGAUACACGAAAUUGGAAUCAACUACUGUGAAUAUAACUGACACGCACUGCAAAAUACUCAAUUUUGGACUCACAAAGUCGGUGAAAUAAAGCACAUCAUGUUCGACUGCUCACAACCGGAGAAUUGCAUCAAACCCAAGAUUGGAAUAUGAAGUAUGUUUUUUUCUGUUUUUUGUUUAUUUUUGUUUUAAUGGUGGGGAAUAUAUGUCAGUCUUUGACUCUUUUUGUUUGCACUUUUCGGUCAUUUUUUUGCAUAUUUGUAAACACUUUGUAAAGAUGUACAUUUUAGGAGAGUUAUUCUUGUAUGCCAUAGAUAUGCCAUACAUGCUUUAUAAUGCUUUGACAUGUAAGUUAAGUGUACUGUAUUUUUUUAACUGGCCUUGUAGUCAUUGCUCAACAAAAACAUGUAUUGGAGGUAAUAAAUUCUAAUUCGUCUCCAA